AAGAGGAAAAGAAAAAAUGAGACGGGGUGGGAUCUAUCGGUGGUUCUCUUCUUGGUGUUUUCUCCCGGCCGUCAGCUGGACGUGGCCGCGAGCAGGGCGAGGAGGGAAAGGACGUGCGUGCGUGGAGGGAACGAGAGACGAGAAGACGAGGGAAGAGUAGUCUCUCUUCUCUCUGCGGAUGAGCCCUCUCUCGGUGCGGCUCGUUCACAAUCUGCUACUCCAGUCUCGCGUCGAGUCCCGUCGCCGCAUCUUUUCGGGGCUCUUAUCCUUCGUCGCUCCUCUUCGGCUUCCCGGGUUCUUCGCGGAAACCGAACGUUCAAUACCAACGGUGAAGUGCGGUCUGAACUGUCUUUUCUUCUUUUUUUAAUAUCUCUCUCACUCUCUGUCAAAUUUUCUUGAACUUAAUGCAAUUUCCUGCAGUUGGUUGGCAACAGACCAAUUAGUCUGUGGAAUCUUUUACUCGACAAAGUCUGAGAUUCGAACUCGUUCAAGGAAAUCGGAGGGGGUGAAUUCGAAAUCGUCGCGGGGUGAAAAAAGAAUCGUCGAGUGAACUGCAACGAGUUGAAAGGACGAGACUGGGAUCGAAGCCUGAGAGUGGAUUUCGUUGGAGAAUCGGUUGUUCUCGUGGUGGAGUAAUGUUGAUGGUUUCGUUGACAGGGAUUUUUCCACCCCAAAGAUCAUCGGCGAAUCGAGUUAGAAAAUCUGCCCUGAGGAACGGAGACGCGUCUGUUACGGAAUUCCGAGCGCGUCAGAUUACCGAGUAUCCAGCCGAUUGGGAACCAUGAUCGUGAAACCGAUCGUGGUGUCGAUCGCGAGCCAGCGUUGAAAUCGUUCGAGACAGAGAGAUAGAUAGAUAGAUCGAGAGAGAGAGGGAGAGAGAAAGAUCCCGAAGAAACUUCGUUUCCGCGUGUGAUUUCGUCGACUGAUCAUGAGACGGGCGUACGAGUGACACGCAAGACGUUGGAUCGUUGAACAGUUUUCUCGUUUCGACAAGACGUGAGAGUCGACGACGACGAAGAAAAUGUCGAACGUAGCGUUGAUCAUCGCUACCUGGUUGUUGCUGCUGCUCCACGUUCCACGAGACGUGUCCAGCACGGGACAACGAUACACUGCCAGCCCGACCCAGGAUCUGGAUAACACUCUGCAAUCGGUGCCGCCUCUCGGGCCGAACGUGUGCAGGUCAAAAUACAAGAAUUACUGUUGCCCCGGUUGGUCGAAGAAGCCCGAGACCGGCCUCUGCGUAAUUCCUGUAUGUAUCAAACGAUGCGGCCCGUUGGGCAGAUGUAUCAGGCCAAAUAUUUGCCUGUGCGAGGGUGGCACGGUAGCGUCGUCUUGCAGCAGCAGUCAAACCAAAGUUACUACGUACGAAACUGGCAAUGCGGUAGACAGGAGCGAGUCUGGAAGAUGCAGAGUGCAUUGCAUAAAUGGCAACUGUGUGGAUGGCAAGUGUCAGUGUCGCAGUGGAUACCAGGGCGAAUUCUGUAACGAACCAAUUUGUCGAGAGCCGUGCUUGAACCAAGGAAGAUGCAUCGGUGCAGAUCGUUGUGCGUGCAUCUAUGGUUACACUGGCAGACGAUGUGAAACAGAUUACAGAACUGGACCGUGUUAUACGAAAGUGAAAAAUGGCCAGUGUUUGGCGAAUCUUCAGGGUGUCGUUUGCACGCGACAGUUGUGCUGCGCUACCGUGGGUAAGGGCUGGGGCCAUCCCUGCGAGAGGUGUCCCGCCAGGCUGGACUGCGAGCUGGGUCACUUGAAAACUAACCAGGGGCAGUGUGUUGAUAUCAACGAGUGCGAAGCAAUACCAGGCUUAUGCGAGGGUGGAAAGUGCGUGAACACGCCAGGCUCGUUCACCUGCGAGUGCCCCGACGGUCAAGCCAGAGAUCCUGAGACGAACGCUUGCAAGGAUAGAGACGAAUGCCAGGAGGAAGGGAUAUGCGUAGAUGGACGAUGCGUAAAUACAAAUGGUGGCUACUACUGCCUUUGCAACCCGGGAUUCAUCCAGAGCCAAGAUCGAAAAUUCUGUAUUGAUGGAAGACAGGGUCUGUGUUACACGUCGGUGAACAGAAACGGGCAGUGCAAGAAUCGGCUGGCGGUGAGACUGAGCAAAAAGGAUUGUUGCUGCGGCAAGAACAUGGGCCGCGGUUGGGGUGACGAGUGCUACAUCUGUCCGAAUCCCGGAAGCGACGAUUACAACAGGCUUUGCUUGCUACAACUGCAGCCAAUCACCGUGAUAAACGAGUGUGCACUGAGGCCGGACAUUUGCGGAAACGGCAAGUGCAUAGACACGAGGGACGGAUACGAGUGCGACUGUUAUUCCGGGUUUACGAAGAAGGCAGGCAGGUGCGAGGACAUCGACGAAUGCCUGCUGGGAUACUGUGAAGGCGGUACCUGCCAGAAUUACGAGGGAAGUUACACUUGCCAGUGUCCGCCGGGAUUCGUGGUUGCCGGUGAAGGCAGAUAUUGCACGG